AUGUCAGGCAGUAAUGAGCCAACACCAACACCGGCCGGUGCCGGCUCUGCGCCAUCUAAGCCAGCUGCUCCGAGUCGCUCGUCAUCGGCAUCAACCAGGGGAAAGCCAGUGAUUGCAAAGCCGAAAUUUGUCGGCAGAAGGUCACAAGCUGCUCGAGCCGAGCUGGAAAAAGAGGCUGCAAAGAAGAAAGCUGCCGAAUCUAAAGCUGCAGCGGCAGAGGCUGGGAAAAAGCGAUGGGAGCAUAAAGGCGAUGGCCGGGGUGGCGCCAGAGGCGGAAGGGGCGGAAGAGGACGGGGCGGCUUCAUGGGUGAUCAUCAAAGUCGCACGCAAGACGGUGUCGCUAGCGGACCAUUUGGAUCAGGCCAAGUCAGUAGUGACAGCAGCAGUCGACGAUAUGCUGCUAGUACGGGCGGUAGUGGCUUUGGAGGUGGUGGGUUUGGCGGAGGUGGAGCAGGCACAAGUUUUGGGGGCUCGAGAAGUGGUGGCUCAGGAGGUGGUUCAGGAGGCUCUGGUGUCAAAUAUGAAGCUGGAUCCAGUGGUCCGCAUGUCUUCAAGACUGAGGGAAGUGUGUACAUCUCUAGUGACGAAGACGAAACCGAAGGCCGAAAGAAGAACAUCGACGAUCUUCAACGUGUGGUCGAUUUGACUAUCGAGGAUGACCAGCAAGACGACAACGUCUUUGCGCCGGUCCGGUUAAAGCGAGAACCUCACAAAGAUCGAACCGUGGCUUUCAAUGCUGAGACUAGGCCGGCCACAGGUCAAAGCACUUCGAAAGAUGCCAGCGCCACACAAGGAACGUCUGACCGUAGGAAAGGCAAGCAACGAGCGAGCGAUGUCGUAAUCACUCAAGUCAGAUCGAAACGACCCACUGCAUAUAGCUCGUCAGACGAUGAUGGUGACGAAGUACCCAUCAAGACAGAAACUUUGGACGAAGAAGCAAGCGCUCGUCCUGUCACUCCACCUACUGCUCCCAUGACAACAGAACAGCCGCCCGCAAGCCCACCUUCAUCACCGGAAAGCCGGCGGAAGGCCAAGGAACAGAUCAAAUCGUCUGACGAAAAUCCGGAUGAAGAAGACGACGAUGAUGAGUAUCCCUUACCAGAGAUGCCAAAGUUUCAGACUCAGGCAGAAGCGGACGAAUGGAGACGCCACCAUGCUGAUCUUGACAUCAUUCGGAAGGAGUUAGGCCGGCAAGUCUUGAGCGCAGUUGGUGAAGAUGGAAGCGCAGCGCCGACUGAUACUGCCGCGCACCAACGUGCCAAGAAAGCUGAGGAGAUCCGAUCAGAACACGUCUACCUUUUCCAAUUUCCGCCAGCGCUCCCGGAUCUAGUGCCUGUUCGCGUCAAGCCAGAUCCUGAUGCCGUCGAAGUAAACAGCGAUGAAAUGCACAUCGAUCCCCCAUCACAACAACCAGCGAUCAAGAAGGAAGAAGGGUACAGCAAUGCUACCAAGUCUCUCAAGCCAAGUCUACCCUCAGGCUCAGUCGGCAAGCUUCGAAUUCAUAAAUCAGGCAAGGCAGUCCUAGACUGGGGUGGCACAAGCCUGGUGCUGUCGGCAGGCACAGAUCCCAGCUUCUUGCAGAAUAUUCUCAUCGCUACUGUACCGGAGACAAAGCCGGAUGCAGACGCACCUGCAGAAGACCAAGAAGAGGCGAUUGGCAUGAGCAUGGGCCAGGUCAGAGGAAAGUUUGUCGUGACCCCGAAUUGGGAUGAGAUUUUGCAUUGA